CACACACAAAUGUUUUUAUACUUCUAAAAAACAAACGACUGCGAGAUGAAAAAUGUUACAACGCGAAACAAUAAAAUGUUUGAUGAAGUUUUUUCAAAAGUCAAACAGCGCCUCGGUGAUGCUACGGGUUUACCUAGGGUUUCUAUUUUUUUUUUUUUUUUUCCUCCGAUGAGUCAUGAGUGAGCGAUUACUACACGGGACAACGUACAUCGGCAAUCAACUUCAUUGCCUUCCAUUCCAUUCUGAAUCGAUCCUUGCUGGUUUCCGUCUUUCUCCCCUCCUAUCCAUAUCUCCAUACAAAUCAAGCAAAAACGUAUAGUAUAUAGUAUAUACGCUUUACCUUUUUUGCAUUUAUGCUUCUUCAAUUCUUAAUUCACAAUGGUUCUUUGCUCAUCUUCAACGUCCUUAUCACCCUUGUAUCUUUUAAAGGUCUGCAAAAAUUUUAAUGUUCGAUACCUUGAGCAAGUCCACGCCAAAAUCAUUCGCCAGGGCUCCGAACAAGACCAUUUCCUGGUAGCACAAUUCAUCUCUGUCUGUACCUCCGUCUCUCCUAAUCACCUCACUUACGUCUCAACCAUUUUUGACCGCCUUGUUCAACCCAAUAUCUAUCUUUGGAACACUCUCAUUAAAUGCCACUGCACACACUCGUCCCUGGCCACGUCCAUCAAUUUUUUUCGGCGCAUGAAACAAAGUUGUUAUGUUGCUGCAGACAAAUACACAUUCCCUUCGUUGGUCAAAGCUUGUUCUGGUGCUUUGGCGUUGAGGGAAGGACAGGUUAUUCACGGGUUGAUAGUUAAGUAUGGUACAGAAGGUGAUGUGUUUGUGGGGUCUAGUUUGAUUGAUCUGUAUGGGAAAUGUGGUGAGCUGAUAGAUGCUCGCAAGGUGUUUGAUGGAAUGCCUGUGAGAAACGAGGUUACUUGGACUAGUAUGAUAGUUGGGUAUUCAACAAAUGGGAACUCUUUAGAGGCCAAAAAGCUGUUCGAUGAAAUGCCCCAAAGGAAUCAUGCCUCGUGGAAUGCCAUGAUAAAUGGGUUUGCAAAGUCGGGUGAUCUGGCAAGCGCCAGGAGUUUGUUUGAUGAAAUGCCUGAAAAGAAUUUGGUGUCAUUCACGACUAUGAUUGAUGGGUAUGCAAAGUCAGGGGAUAUGGCAUCAGCGAGAUGUUUGUUUGAUGAAUCACCUGGUGAGAAAGAUAUUGUUUGUUGGUCUGCAAUGAUAGCUGGGUAUGCCCAGAACGGUCAAGCUAAAGAAGCUAGAAAAUUAUUCGUUGACAUGUGUUGUAAGAAUGUUAAGCCUGAUGAGUAUGUGAUGGCGAGCCUAAUUUCAGCAUGUUCACAAGCGGGUGAUUGGGAGUUUGCUGAGUGGGUUGACAUGUAUAUGAGUGAAAAUAAAAUUGAGGUUACCCAAAAUCAUGUGGCUGCAGCGCUGGUGAACAUGCAUGCAAAGUGUGGGAAUUUGGAGAGGGCAGAGGCCUUGUUUGGAAACAUGCCCAAACGGGACUUAUUUUCUUACUGUUCUAUGAUCCAGGGAUUCUCUGUUCAUGGGGACGGGGUUAAAGCGGUUGCCCUUUUCCGCAGGAUGCUAGAAGGAGGAGGGCUGAUUCCAGAUGACGUGGCCUUCACUGUCAUCUUGACUGCUUGUAGUCAUGCUGAUCUUGUUGAAGACGGCUGCCACUUUUUUCAUUCUAUGGUCAAUGAAUACGCUCUGUCUCCUUCACCCGAUCACUACGCAUGUAUAGUCAAUCUUCUUGGUCGUGCGGGAAAGUUAAGAGAGGCAUAUGAUAUUCUUAAAGAAAUGCCAGUGCCACCUCAACCCGCCGCUUGGGGUGCUCUUCUUUUUGCUUGUAGAACACAUGGUGACGUGUCAUUGGGUAAAGAGGUUGCAGCUCAGCUUUUCAAGAAUGAACCUCAAAAUGCUGCUAAUUAUGUGUUGCUAUCCGACAUGUAUGCAGCUUCAGAUCAGUGGUCUGCUGUUGACCAUGUAAGGAACCAAAUGAGCGACAAGGGAAUCAGAAAACUUCCUGGCUGUAGUUGGAUACAACAACGCUAUCAAUAGGAUUAAAAAUCUUAUUUCCUACUUAACUUGCAAACUUGUUUGUCAUAUGUUUUGUAAUUAUAGGAUUUUUAGUUUCUAUUUUUGGUCAUUUUUUGUGUCCAGAGUAGGCAAAUCUGUCUAGGCAGCCAACACAGAAACAAACAAGGCAAACAAAUCAAAUAUGUCUGCGAAACAAGUUAUUUCAUCAAUAUUCUAAACUAGAUGCAUGAUAUCUGCAUCUCUGUAAAAGAA